CUGAACGAAUAACAGCUGAUGAUGUGACUGAAAGAGUAACAGCCGAUGAUGUGACUGAAACAGUAACAGCUGCUGAUGUAAUUGAAAUAGUAACAGUUGAUAAUAUAACUGAAAUAGUAUCAGCUGAUGAUGUAACUGAAGCAGUAACAAUUGAUAAUAUAACUGAAAUAGUAACAUAUGAUGAUGUAACUGAAAUAGUUACAACUGAUGAUGUAACUGAACUGGUAACAACUGAUGAUGUCACAGAGACAAUAACAACUGAUGAUGUCACAGAGACAAUAACAACUGAUGAUGUGACAUAUGGAGUUACAGCUGACGGUGUAACAGAGAUUAUCAAAGAUGAAGAUGUAACAGAGACAAUAACACCUGACAAUGUGACGGAUACGAGAAUAACUGAUGGUGUGGCAGAUACAGUUACAAAGGAUUCGGCUCAUUCAGUCACAACUGUUCUUUCUUCUGAAGGAGAAUCAGAUGAGAUAACGAGCAUUGAUGGUGAUACAUAUACCUUUGAACCAACCACUAGUUUCCCUUUGUCUGACCAAAAUAUUACUGAUCCAACAUCAGGAGCUACUGUUGAAGAUAGCUUUGAAUAUACAACUGGUGAUUUCGAAGAGACGAAACACAAUUUUCUGACAGACAAAACUACUGACGACGAAAAAACAAUAACAACCGAAGUUUAUGACUAUAUCACCCAAACUGAAGAAUAUAGCAAAGCUGGUAUCACGACUGAAUCUGUUACAACGUAUUUCCCGACAGAGGUAUCUCUAUCAUAUCUGCAAAACUAUGCAAUGUGUGCGUCCAAUACUAAUGACAAUAUAAACGCUUUUUCCAAUUAGAGAAUAGAGUAUCUAGCCCUCGGGAGUCUACGCAAUUGUAUAGUCAUUUCUAUCGCGUAUUCUCUCUGUGAUCUCUGUGAUAGGUUGUCAGAUAUCUAACGUUUUAUUAAACAGCUUGUUGAUGCGGAGGAUGAAAUGACUUCAACAAAACAUGCUUUUGUAAUUUAG